AGCUAAUAGCCGAAAGCCCCCAUUUCCCGCAUGGAUACCCAAUGGAUCCAGACCUUCACUCUGAGCACGAUCGUCUCCAUUCCUUUCCCUUUUUAGUGGCGUUUCACCUCUUGACUUUUGUCCCUGUGAUCGGCAAACCGGCACGAGCGGUAAACCGGAACUGACACUUAAAGCUCACUGGGCAAAAACUCCUCGUCACAACGAAUGUUGUGGUUUUUUAGGUGGACGAAAGACCUCCAAUUGAUGAGUCAUUCUUCGGUAACGACCUGGUGGAGUCGACCUAACCUUGGCAGUUUAGUGAUGAGGGACUCGCCAUUUAUUCAUCACUGAUUGAUCGAUCCAUUCAUUCACUGUCCACUGACUGGGGCCUUAUGGACUCCUCCCCCGUCUGGAGUACGGGGAUAUGGGGUAAAUGAGCUUAAGCUGAAGCAUUGAAGAACACCAACUUAAGGGUUCAGUGGACCAGACAAGACCUUAGAACCUACUCCGUACAACUGACUGUAAGCACUCAUAAUUAGAUCAUAAACGACGCUAAACCAUCGUACUCGGAAUGACCUCGGAAAUGAGCUGCUCCUGGAUGGGGGCCCGGGAUUCGUUCCACAAUACAUGAUACAGUGUCAGCCCAGCUUGCCAACACCUACCAAGUUUUCCAAGAUGAAAAAUGCAUGGGUCUGCUUAGAUAGGUCGAUCUCUAGCGGUAAGAGAUCAAUCGUUUCUCCGAAGGUCUAUGUAGAGGACAUGUGUGGAGGCGAUUGCUCGACCUCGGACUCUGGCCGGCAAGAGAAUGAGAGAUACCCGAGCAGACAACGUUAACAUGAUUGCGAAUAUUCUUGGCAACUACGAUUAUAAGUUCAUUAUGUACGAUACCC